CGGCAAGGGAACCACUGGCCCCUCGGAUUCCUGGGGUUUCCAGUUAAAUUCUAAACUCCAAGUAAAGAUCACAAACAACGUGUCAUGAAGCUGGUCACUGUAUUCCUGCUGGUGACCAUCGGCAUGUGCAGUUACUCUGCUAUGGCCUUCCUCUUCAACCGUUUGCCCCUUCCUGUCGACAAGGCCUUACCUUUGCCUCUGGACAACGUGCUCCCCUUCAUGGACCCAUUAAAGCUUCUUCUGAAAACUCUGGGCAUUUCUGUUGAGCACCUGGUGGAAGGGCUGAAGAAGUGUGUGGAUGAGCUGGGCCCAGAGGCCUCGGAGGCUGUGAAGAAACUGCUGGAGGCUCUCUCAUACUUGGUGUGACGCUGAAUAAAGCAAGAGCCGAGGAGGGAGGGAGGGAGCUGACGUUGCCCUCCUCCUGGCCCCGUCCAUCCUAACGUGCAGUGACCCCCGGAAGAAUGAGCAGAGCAAUGAACCCACCUCAGCUUGUCCUGUGUUUAUUUGGAGUCGGGGUGGGGGGCUGU